UCUGGAUCACAGUGUACGCGGGAACGCGCGUAGCCUGUGGCUUGCCCGGGCAGUGCAGCAGUGGAGAUCCGAGGGCAAGGCAGGGUCAGAGGGCAAGGCAGGGUCAGAGAGGGACCAGGGCAAGCUGCGGGGCUAGGACCCAACUGCGAGAAGGGCAAGGACUGGGCGAAGGGCAGAGCCUUGAAAGACAGCGAUAUAGAACGAGGAGGGCUGAUCUCAUAGAAAGGCUGUGAAGAGAGAAGGGCAGGGUUGUGUAUAGCGAAGGGCACGUCUCGCGAGAAGAGAAGGGCAUAGCUGGUCAGGCGAGGGGCAGGGCCGUGGUUGCGGUGCAUUCUCCACCGCUCGCACUUUUCCCGCCGAUUCUUCUGGGCGCGAUAUUUAGUGUCAACACGACUCCUGUCGAACUUGGCGCGAGUUGUUGUUGUAGUCGGUAUGAGCCGAACCUUUGUGUUGUGGUAGUGGUUGGUGUUGGUUAGUGGUGGUGGUGGUUAGUGGUGGUGGUUAGUGAUGGUGGUUAGUGGUGGUGGUGGUUAGUGGUGGUUGUAAGUUGUGUUUUGUAAUCGGGAUUUGUGAGGAGCGGGCGUGCCCGGGCGAUGUCGCGACUCAAGCGCGGGGCGCGGCCCACUGACAAGGCGGAAGGCGUUCAGAAGAUAUCGGCCUUCUUCGGCAAGAAGCCGAGCGGUGCAGCAGAGCUGAGCGCGAACGCCACCACGACGCACGGCCUCUGUGUGCAGAGCAAGCCCGGAGUCGGGGACGGCGUGGGGAAGGCAUCCUCGUCGGCACCAGCGGACGAUUCGGAUGAUGACGUGGUGUUCAUUCCGCAUGACGAGGUUCUCAUUCCGGACACCCCCGAGCGAGACUGCGUGCCGGGGACGCCCGUACGGGUCGUCGGCAGGAGGGCAGCUGUGGUGGGCAGGGGGGCAGCGGGCGGUUGCUCGGUGGCCCGCGCUGAGCGUCAAGAUGGAAAAGCAACGCGGCUAAGCAAAACCAAGCUGAAGAGCGUGGACAGCCGAGUGGCGGUGCCACUGCCAGGGACGUCCAAGCGGCUGGCACCAAGUCCCGACGUGGAGUUGAACACGAAGCGGAUCCGGCCUACAAUUCAGCCGACCCUCUCCGAAUGUGUGCCAAUUGACUCUAACGCAGAACCUCCAGCGCCGGCUGAACAAGCGCAGAAUCCAAGGUCAGGUAGAGAGGAUUCGGCUUCAUCAGCCGUAUUGAUCACAGGCAAGUCGGAUUUCUCCCUACAAGAUGGGACCGAGAAAGAGAACUCACAGGACGCAGUGAACCUACAGCCUCUGUGCCCGGCCUGGAGUAGCUCGGUGAACCUGAAGCCCCUGUGCUCGGCUCUGGCUGAAGCGGAGCACAGCCCUGAGGAGGGCAAGCACCACCCAGGACAGGAAGCGAGAAGGAAGAUGAAGAGUGGCGCUGUCUUAAGUCAACUAGGGCCCAGGGAGGACACGAACUCUGCAGUAGUUGCUGCUGGUGCUGCUGCUGAUCCACUUGUGCGGAACAGGAGGAGGGCAUGUGUUGGCGCCAGCCAUGUUGGGGGUGGUGUUAUGAGUGGUGGUGAUGAUGGUGGGAAAGGUGGUGAUCGUAGAAGCGUUGAUGAUGGUGACAAUGGUAGUGGUGAGAAUAGUGGUGGUGGUAACGGUGAUAGCAGGGCAUUGAGUAGUGAUGGUAAUGGCAAGCUUGGAGGUGAGAGUGGUGGCAAUGUUAGUGGUGACCGUGUUGUUGACAGUAAAGGUGAUGGUAGUGCUAAUGGUGAUGGUCAUGAUGGCAGUGGUGGUGGUGUUGGCAGUGGCAACGUAGGUAGUAAUGGAGGUGGUGAGAGAUGCGGUGAUUCUGGUGGCGGUGGUGGUAACAGGGAUAUCCCAAAGCCUCCCAGCCAUGAGGCUAUCACGCGGAGGGAAUUGUCACAGGAUUUUCCAGAAGAUGAACUGAGCCCAGACAUCCUGGAUGCGUUCCUGCAGGAGAGCUUCACUGUAGAGGAGAAUUCCUCUGAGGAGAAGGUGGCGGCCCUGCAAGCACCGCCACGGCCAGAGCGCCGGCGCCGCGGAGGGGAGCUGCUGUGUGAGGGAGCGUACAAUCGCUACCGCGUGGCGGCGCUGCGCGACGUUCCGCUCGGGGCCUGGCGCAGCGAGAGGCACCUGAGCCUCACCGCCAACCCCUCCGGCGGCGCCAGCCUCACCUGCGUCCUCAAAGACGACUGGGCGCUGGCUCCAGUAAGCGUGGGGGACGUGCUGCACCUGGACGGUGCUGUGGAGGUGCCACCAAGGGGCGGGGAGGAGGGAACCGGCGCGACGGCGGCGUUGCUGGAGGUGACGAGCGACGCCGGCUUCGUGGUCGUGAACCCUGACCUCCUCCUGUCGGGCACCACCGUCGCCAACGGCAUCCGCUGCCCUCGCCGCGCCGUGCUGUCGGAGCGCUUCAAGGGCGGCGGAGAGUGGGGCACGCGGCAGAUGCUGCUGGGCACACUGUUGCACGAGGUGUUCCAGAGAGCCGCGCUGCAGCGAGACUUCUCGGAUGCUGCGCUGAGGAGCGCCGCUUCCACCACCCUCGCGCAGCUCCAGCACCUCGCUGAGAUGUGCAAGCUGGGCGUGUCGCAGGCAGAGCUGCUGGGGGAGAUGGAGGAGUACUUCUCGGCCAUUGGCCGCUGGGCGAGUCGGUGCCUGGAAGGGGGCCCGGAGCCCAAGUCGGCCUCGGACGGCCUUCACAUGCAGAUCAAGAUGACCGGAGAGGCCGAUGCCAGCGCGUGCACGGUGUCCGUGCGCCACCUCGGGGACGUGGAGGAGAGCGUUUGGUCCCCGCGUUUCGGCCUCAAGGGCAAGGUGGACGCCAUGGCGACCGUGCGCAUCCACCGCCGGGCGCGUUGCCACGCCAACAACAGGGCCGCCGCCGCCCCCCCCGGAAAGGUCCACGGGCGGGGAAACGAGGAAAUUGUCCGCACGGUGCCGCUGGAGCUGAAGACGGGAAAGGAAAGCAACUCCAUCGAGCACAGGGCGCAGGUGGUGCUGUACACACUCUUGACGCAGGAGCGCUGGGGCGACCCCGGCCUCGGGUUCCUCCUCUACCUCAAGUCGGGCGGCAUGCACCCCGUGUCGGCCUCCCGUGUGGACACGCGUGAGCUGAUCAAGCUGCGCAACCAGCUGGCGCACAGCCUGGCCAAUGGCGUGUGGUGGCCGCCCGGGACCGCUGCCGACGGCGCAGGCGCUGGAGGGAGAAGGAAGGAGGAAGAAGAUCGCCAAGAGCCACGGCCGGCGCCGCUGCCCGAGCCAAUCGCCGAGAUGUUCACCUGCCGCAACUGCUCCCAGCUGGGCAGCUGUGCCGUCUACCACAGGGCGGUGGAAGAGGAGGCGCGUGGAUCGAGCGACGCCCCGGCCUCCUCCUCGUGGCCCGUCGAGUUCGUGUCGCUGCUGGCCGAGCGGACGCAGCACCUGGGCCGCGCUCACCUGCGCUACUUUUCGCGCUGGUACUUGCUGUGCCUGCUGGAGGCGCAGACCGAGCAGAGCAAGGGCGGCCGUCACAACCUGUGGGUUCUGUCACCGCACGAGAGGCAGGCGCAGGGUCUCUGCGUCUGUGAUUUGACGCUGCUGGGCCCGGCCGUGGCCACACCAGACGGACGCUUCUUCACCCAGCGUUUCCGGCGCCGGGGACCGCAGGGAGGAUGGGGGGCAGCAGGGCUCACGCCGGACCUGGAGGGUCAGGGGUCGGCCCCUCAAGGCUGCGUCGCCGUCGGCGAUCGAGUGAUCGUGAGCGGCAAAGACCCCGCCACGACAGCCAUCGCCACGGCCACGGUGUUGUCCGUCACCAACCAUGAGAUUGAGUGCCAGGUUGACCGGGACCUGGGGAGGUUCGGAGCGGCCUUCUUGUUCAGUCUGGACGUGGACGAGAGCUUCUCGGGUUCUGUGGACACUCACCUGGGAAACCUUUCUCGCCUGCUGAGUAACACCCCCGCCAGUGCCAAGCUGCGGGAGCUCGUCAUCGAUCUGAAAAGGCCCGAGUUUCUGGAGCGACUGAGCGACGUUCUACCGGUUGACGCCAAGGCCACGGUGGCACAGAUCCUGAAGGGCCUCAACCGACCCCAGAGGCAGGCGAUGAAGCGAGUGCUGCUGUCACGGGACUACACGCUCAUUGUCGGCAUGCCUGGCACGGGGAAAACCACCACCAUAUGCACGCUGGUGCGCAUCCUGCACGCGUGCGGCCACAGCGUACUGCUCACGAGCUACACACACUCGGCCGUCGACAACAUCCUGCUCAAGCUCGCGCCGCACUGCGUGCCCUUCCUGCGGCUGGGCCGGCAGGCCAAGGUUCACGCCGGCGUGCACGCCUUCACCGAGGAGGAGUUGUGCCGGCAGCACGACGUGCGCACCCCCGAGCAGCUCCAGCAGCUCUACGACGGACAGCGCGUGGUGGCCACCACGUGCAUGGGCCUGCGCCACGCGAUCUUCUCGCGCCGCGUCUUCGACUUCUGCAUCGUGGACGAGGCGUCGCAGAUCGGGCAGCCCGUGUGCCUGGGCCUGCUGCUGCACGCGUCGCGCUUCGUGCUCGUCGGAGACCACCACCAGCUGCCCCCGCUCGUGCUCAACCCCCGCGCCAGAGCCAUGGGCAUGGACGAGUCUCUCUUCAAGCGUCUCGAGUGCCACGCGGAGGCUGUGGUCUAUCUCAACCUGCAGUACCGCAUGAACAGUGAGAUCAUGUCCCUGAGCAACGUGCUGACGUACGGAGGGCUGCUGGCGUGCGGCUCGGAGCGCGUGUCCACGUGCCGCCUCUCCCUGCCGGCGCUCCCCGCCCUCCUGCAUGGAAUGGGCGGCGGCGACCGUUCGUGGAUGGCACAAGCGUUGGACCCCGACCGCCCAGUUCUCUUCCUGAACACAGAGCAGGUCCCGGCCGAAGAGAUGGUGGACCAGGGUGGUAUGAAGAACCCAACGGAGGCUCAGCUAAUCGCCAUCAUCGCUGCGUCUCUCGUCAAGGCCGGCUGCCGCACGAAGGACGUGGGGAUCAUCUCUCCGUACCGACAGCAGCUGGGGGUGGUGUCGGCGGCGCUGGCGGCCCUGCCGUGUCCGGCGUCGGCACUCGCUGGGCUGGAGAUCAACACGGUGGACAAGUACCAGGGCCGCGACAAACCCGUCAUCAUCGUGGGCUUCGUGCGGAGCUGCGCAACGGCCGGCAUCGUGCGUCCACAGCUGGGGGAGCUGCUGAAGGACCGACGCCGGCUGAACGUCGCCGUUACGAGGGCCAAGCACAAGCUGCUGCUCCUCGGCUGCCUCCCCACGCUGAGGCUGUACACGCCGCUUGCCGCGCUCAUCGACCACAUGGCCACGCAGGGAAUGAUUCUGGAUCUGCCACCGGGAGCUCACGAAAUGAAGAUCCCGGACCUUGGCUGACCGCGAUCGCCGCCCCCUCCCGUCCCCGCCGCUGGACCACAUCUCAUCACGGCUCCUCCACGCCGGUCGGCAUCGCUACCACCAGCAGGCGACUACUGGCUUUACAAUGGCCCACACUGCGAGCUAGACCUUAGUCUCAGAAUCGGAAUCUAUAUUUAUCUCUAUUUAAAUUGGAGGAUUCCAAUGAAGCUCUUUUUCACAGACGUCCAGUAGGGUCAGAGGUCAGCAUGUCACAAUCUAAAACUGCAACCCCUAAACCAACACUUAACUCCCGCCUUGCCCCUGGACUCACACCGUCCCUAGGCCUAAUUCCAUAACAAAUAAAUCCAAACUCAACCUCAUGCGAGACUCACAACUUGAACCCCAAAUUAACAUCCACUUAACCCCCUGAGUCUAAACUCCAGUCUAGGCACCCAACCGCAUUCCUAACUUCAAACCUUGCCUACCCCCCCCCCCCCCCGACUUAUGAACCCCAUUCCAACCCCUUCCUAAUUUCCCUUGCAGAGCCUUCAUCUUAAUCCCCCAGCACCGCCCGGUGGCUGUGGCUUCCACGGCAACAGUGGUAGGCCCAGUGGCUGGUUUUAUCCAAAAACAUCAAGUCUAAAACGUCCCUUUUUGAGAUUCACAGCACGACACGUCGAGGUGGGGGAGAAAAAAAUCAUCACUCAUGGCGUUUUGAUUCAAAUGGCCGCCGGUGUACGAAGGCCGGGUGGGGCGCACGCUCCAUUCGAGUGGUGUGCAGGAGCCAUCCUGUGGAUGUGCAUCGGUGUGUUGCAGUUACGGUGCGUGCGUAUCUGUAAGUGGGGAGUGGUGGCGCACCGGUUAGCGCGUUGUGCUUCGAACCCGCCGACCGGGGUUCCGUUCCCGCUCCCAGGCCGACACCGGUGAUGGUCAUCUGAACCGAUGUUGGACCUCAGCUAGGUCGACUCAGCCUUAAAAUGAGUACAAUGGGGAGACUCAGGCGGCCGGGCGUUGUGCUGGCCACUCAUGCCCCCCUCCCCCACGCACGUGCCUUGCCCGCCUUAAAAUGGGUGCUCGCUAACAACACUUGCACCAGCAGACUGUUAACGGCUGUACGCGGGGUAUCAAAGUCUUUGUUGUGAAUGUGUGUGUACACGUGCACCUAGCAUGGCACAAGCACCGUGGCGACGUCACCGCCACUUAGCGGUGAAUGGCGGAUGUCGAUGUUGUUGCUGCACGUACCGAGGUCACCUCCGAUCGCGUCGGUGACGCGAAGGUGGCGGCAACUUGAGAGCGGUGGCUCUCGUGUGCCAGGCGCGUCCGGUGGGGGUGGGGGGGGGUUGGUGCCGAGGGGGUUUAGGGGACGAGAGGAAGUGAUCUGCGUGAGAGGGGGCGGGGGGAGCUGAGUGACCAGGAGUGCCGUUUAAGAGCGCGAGCGUCAGUCGUGUUCAUCGUUGGGAUAAAAAUAUCGCGCAACGCGGAUGCUCGGCGGCUCAAGGUCGCGUUCCUCACUCCCGUGUCAAGUGUGCCGAGCUGCCUUUGUGGAGACAAUUCCCCCUCGUGUGUGGGGCAUUCGAUUGUGGGUGGGGGGGGUAUUAAUGUGCGUGUGUAUGUGUGCGUGGAGCGGUGGUGCAGCAGUUAGCACGCUGCACUCCCACAUGAUAAGCCACUUUGUUGAGCUAUCAAUUGUGGUCAGGUCGCUUCUGAAAAAAGACUUGUAUAGCUGAGUGGGCCUAUUCUGGUAAAAUAAAAAAAAAUGUUGAAUAGUUUAGUUCGAUUCCUGCCACCAGCACGGCUAACGAUUAUCUCUACGAAUCCGAGGCCUCUCCUAGGUCGACCCAGCCUAAAAUAAGUACCUGGUGCGGUGUGUAAACAUCGCCACCAAUCUGUCAAGGUUUUACGGGAGCAUCUUUGUACAUAUGUUCGGUGCAGGGGAGCGGUGGCACAGCGGUUAGCGCGCUACGCUAUGGCCAGAGUUCGAUUCCCGCUCACGGCCAACACCAGUGACGAUUAUCUGACCCAGUCCUGGCCUUCUUCGGUGCUCGCGAGCAACUCUUUCCCUAACACUUUGUGAAGGGGAUCUUUCGAUUUAAAGCUUUCGUGACUGCAGGGAUUCAUCUUCUUGGUUCUUUCGGUAAAGUCACGUAGAAGGGAAGUAAUAAAAUAAUAAAAAUAAAACAUAAUAAAACAAUUCUCACGACGUUUCGGCCACAACGCAAGCAGCCGUCCUCAGGUGAAAACCAGGUCCGUCGAGGCGACAGAGUCUUAGAGUCGCGGCAUCUCUUCAGAAAGGUGAGAGACUCGAUUAGCUGAGCCUUCUUAUCCCGGAGCUUGUUGAAGGAUCUCAAAGUUAUGUGGAAACCCUCCCCGUAGAGGCGGUUAAAUUUCGAUUUAAAGCUUUCGUGACUGCAGGGAUUCAUCUUCUUGGUUCUUUCGGUAAAGUCACGUAGAAGGGAAGUAAUAAAAUAAUAAAAAUAAAACAUAAUAAAACAAUUCUCACGACGUUUCGGCCACAACGCAAGCAGCCGUCCUCAGGUGAAAACCAGGUCCGUCGAGGCGACAGAGUCUUAGAGUCGCGGCAUCUCUUCAGAAAGGUGAGAGACUCGAUUAGCUGAGCCUUCUUAUCCCGGAGCUUGUUGAAGGAUCUCAAAGUUAUGUGGAAACCCUCCCCGUAGAGGCGGUUAAAUUUCGAUUUAAAGCUUUCGUGACUGCAGGGAUUCAUCUUCUUGGUUCUUUCGGUAAAGUCACGUAGAAGGGAAGUAAUAAAAUAAAAACAUUUAAACAUAAUAUUACGUUUAAUUUUUAUUAUUACGUGGCUUUACCGAAAGAACCAAUAAUAUGUCAUCUCCAUACUUUGAUUCAAAUCGUCGUGAGCAUUUUAUUGUAUUAUGUUUUAUUUGUAUUAUUUUAUUACUUCCCUUCUACAUGACUUU